AUGAUAGGAUCUGAAGACUCAUCCGAAACUGUUAAAUUAAGCGAAGAAUCAGCUAAAUAUCGUGAGAAAAAUUCUGAACUCUUCAAACGUUUUGAUACUUUACAUAUGCAAUUGAAACGUCAAAAGAUCGAAUCAUUUGAAGAUCUGGUAAAACAAGACAAAGAAGCAAAAAAAGUUCUUGUAAACUUGGCACAAGCAACUAGACCCGCGCCAUUGGAAGGUAUCAAUAUUGGCUUUUUUGGUUUGACGUCAACUGGCAAGUCAACUAUGCUUAAUUCUCUCCUUGGUCAAAACGUUGCUGAUACAGGCGUUGGUGAAACUACUACAAAAGUUACACCAUACAGUGGAACUGAAUUUACACUAUGGGAUGUUCCUGGUCGAAAUGAUGAAGUAUCCUUUUUUAGUAUGGAAUACAUAUCUUUCUUUAAGGGCCUUUCACGACGUCUCAUUCUUAUUCAAGCAACUGUAAAAGAAAAUUCAAGCAUGAUGAAACUCUUAGAUGAAGUCGGAUUACAUUAUGAUAUUGUUUUCAAUAAAUUCGACAAAGUCGAACCAGAUGAACAAGAACUAGUUAAAAGACAAAUUAACGAGGAAAUAAAACAUAUUGGUCUUAAAGGAAUAGAACAUAUAUAUUUCGUUAGUGCUAAAAAUCCAAAGAUGUUUGAUGACUGGCUCACUAUGGCUAACAGUUUAACAAGUUGCAGUACACGAUCAGCAGCUCGAAAAAUAAGCAUAGAAGAUAAAGUUUAA